AUUUGCUUCUUAAAAAUUACAAUGAAUCUGAAUGUUUUGAAUAUUAAGGAGGUGCUGAGCAUUCCUCCAGGGGCACGAACUUUCAAACCAUCCAGCCGAAGCAAUAAUCCAAGUGACUAUUCAAGCCUGUCUGAUUCCCAGUUACUUUAUGGAUCACAGGUCUGUAAUGAUUAUUCACAAUCCCAAGAAGUGAAUUUUUACUCCAGGCCAUCCUCAUCGUCCCAACAUAGUUCUCAGGAAUUCAAUGAGCCCAGAUUUUCGACAAAAUAUCAGUCAAAACCACAUUUAUUUGGUGGUGACUAUACAGAUAAAAACAAAGGUUCAUAUUUUGAGAAGAGUAAGGGCAUAUUAGAGCAGUUUGAAGUCAUGAAGAAAAAGUCCAAAGAAAAGGAGGAAAGUGAGUUUCUACAUAAUGGACUUUCUCAUAUUCACACUUCUAUAGAUGGGAUGAAAUUGUGCUUAGGAAGUAUUGAAGAAAACUCAUCUUUCAUAAAGAAAUUUUUAUUGGAAAAUUUGGAUGGCUUUGCAAAGAUAUUGCAAGAAAAACUUUCUUCAUAUUAUGAGUCUGUACAAAGCACACUGACAUCCCAACACCAGUCUUUACAGGAGAUCGAACAAACCGAGAUUUCUAUCAAAAGUGAGACUUUUGCAUUGAAGUCUGUUGUAACUACGUUUCAAGAGAACAUGGAAAAUAUAAGAUUACAAAUAUGCAGAGAUCAUCAAGAAGUUUGUGAAAAACUCAAAAUAUUGUCAAAUAUGUCUCAGUAUGAUGAAAUUCUGUCUGUGUUAAAUGAACUAACUUCAACAUUUAGGCCUACCUGUAAAUUAAAAGAUAACUUUGUCCAGACCUCUCCUGAACUACUCAAAAAUGUGUGUCUAGUCAGUGAGCACAAAACAUAUUUUGAAAACCAUAUGCUAGAUCAAAAAAACUCUGAUCAUGCAAAAAAUACAUUAAUAGUUAGUCCCCCAGAAAAAGAAACAUUGUUAUUUUGUGAUUCUGGUGAAUAUAUAAGUCAAACAAAAAAUAGUAAGGCAAAUAAAGUUUACAAGAGCACUGAGUUUUCUAAAUCACUUAUACCAGAAAUAGUAAAACAAAACUGUAACCAUAGUGCAUCAAAGGACGAAUCCCGCAGAUUAAAGUAUCGGUAUGUGUCAAAUAGAGAUGAAACAUUUCCAGUAAACUCUGUGGAAGUUACUUCUGCAGAAGAUACGUAUUCUAAUCUCAGUCAUGAAAAGCAAAACAAAAGGGAGAAUUGUAAUAAAGAUGCAUUUUGGCCUCAGAAACAUUUAAAUACUCACUUUAUAGAAAAUAUGCAUUCUAAGGAACUAGACAAAGAUAUGUAUGAUAUGUAUUUAAAAAACACAAAAUCUCAGCCUUUUAAAUAUAAAACUAAAGCAGCCUUUACAGACUGCAGAAACUAUAAUAGUAAGACUGGAUUUAAAAAGGGGCACAAAAGAAAUAAAGAAGUAAAAAAGAAGUACAGAGUAUUUUCAACAAGAAAAAAUGCAAAGAGUAGCAGCUUAACAUUUUCACAAGGUCAUCAUGAUAAGCGUAAGUUGACGGAUGACAGUGACAUCGAUAAAUACAGAUCCUAUGAAGAAAACACAGUUCGAGGUUUGAGUUUCGCUGGUAAACAAGAAGCCUCUAUGGUUUCUGAAGUGCCACAGCGCCUGAGAGUGAUGUUACCUGUAUCUUAUAUAGGAAAUACCUUGAUAGAUGAUAAAGAAAAUGUAAAUGCCAAGUACAAAGCAAUUUCCAGAUCGCCAAACAAACAGAAUAAUAUGGUAGAUGCAUUCCAUGAUGAUGACAGGCAGACUCGCUUUAUUACAGUACUAAAAAAAACAAGACCAUUUUCUUGGUUGAGUCCAAUGAGCCCAGUGCUAUGCAUGUCCCCUGUUCCUGUAGUGAGAGCAUCAACACCAAAACAAGUGAAGGAAAAGAAUUUGCACUCACGCUUUUAUGUGCUUAACUUUAGUGACGAUUCAGAUUAGAAAAUGUUAUAAUUCGCUGCUUGUGUAUUUUAAUAAAAUUGCAACUUUAAACCCUAAGUGCUAUUUCUUUUAGAAUGGUUAUAUUUGAAAAGUAUGCUUAGAAUAAACUAAUUAAUUGCAUAAUGCAGGACUUAAAAGUAGGAAAAUACUUUCGACUUUAACUGUUUUUGUAAUUGCUUUAGAGUAUUGAUAUGCACAGUGCAUAGCUAUUUGUUUAUUUAAGUUUACAUAGUCUUAAAAAAACAUUGGUUGAUCAAAUGUCUUGUUACUGUAUAAUCGACUUGGU